AUGGAUUAUGAAAACUUGCUUCAAAAAUAUCCAACUUCUUCUUAUGCAAAAACAUAAAGAUCAUCUAGUGUCAAUCAAAACACUUAAAAAUAAGAAAGCACUCAACAAAUCAAACCUUAAGCAUUAUUAAAAAAAUUGGAAGAAAUCCUUUAAUAGAGACAAUAAUAACUAAAUUAAGAGAAAUAAAAAAAGAAAAAGAAUAUAUAAUAAAAAGGAGAUUAUACUGAAAGGAUAUCUGAAAAAAAAAAUGUUUAGAAAUUAUUAGAUAAUUAAAAAUGGAAGGCUGAUUUAUAAAAUUUUGUAUCUAUUCAGAAAUACAUUUAUAUAGGUUACUGAGAAAAAAGAAAGAAAAAGUGCUUAUCCAAAUUUGAUGUCAUUAUAGCCAUCCACAUAAAAUUUAUUUGAUAUGUUUUCUCAAGAUAGUAAUAGCAGAAAUCCAACUAUAACAGCUAGAAGUAAAAAGGGUGAAGGUUCACCUAAAAAAGGAAGGGCUAAUGUAAUUAUAAUCUCAUUAAUCAUUUUAUAGUCUAUUAUGGAAGGAUACAAUCUAAAUGAAAGAGAUAAAGGAACAUUGAUAAAAUUGAAUUAGUAAUUAUAAAUUUAGAAUAAUCAUUUAAAUGAAUAACUUAGAUUUGAAUAAAGUUAAAACACUAAGUUAAGUUUAUAGAUGAUUAGUAUGAAUGAUUAAAUUACAUUAUUAACGAAGUAUUAUUUAUUUUUGUUUAGGGUAAUUAAAAGAGAGUUAGAAACAAUUGGAAUAUAAAGAUAAGGAAAAUGAUGAAAUUAUGAGAUCAUUAAAAAGUUAAUUAGAUAUGGUUAGACCUGAAUAUUAUAAAUAAUCAGAAUAAAUUGUAAAUUUGGAAAAAUAAUUAAUUGGAUAUCAAAAUAUUGAAAAAGACAUGAAGGAAUUAGAAUAGAUGCUACCAUAAAUUUCCACUUUUACAACAUUAUUUGUUGAAUAGAAUGCUUAAAUACUAGAAUUAUAAGACCUAAUAACCUUAUAAAAUAAUAUUAUUGAUAAAGUUUUAAAUAAAAAGGAUUUCCCAUUAAAUAAUUUAAUUUUGGGUAGAGAACCAAAAAAAUAAAAAUAAUAUACUAAUGAUUUACCUUUUGAAUCAUCAUAGCAUCUUGAAAAUUUAAUUAAGUAGACAAGAUAUUAAGUCAAUACAUUAACUGAAAGAUUUAUUCAUGAAUUAUUAGUAUGA